CGACUAUUUAUUUUGUUAAUUCAUUUCUUUUGAAAUAUGCAAUCUGAACAUGAAGCUCUUGUGAGUGAUGAUGAAUACUCAGACGAAAAAGAAUUCAAAUAUAUGCAAGAGCGUGUCGAUCUCGUAAUACAAACCAUCUUUUUUGGUCUGAUGAUAGCUAUGAUCUUAUUGAUUUAUUAUGUAUAUAAAAAAAGUAAACAAAUAUCACAAAAUAAUAAUAAUCAGCAGCUUCCAAUAAAUCCAAAUAUUACUGUACAUGUUACUCCACCUUUAACUCAAAAUAACAAUUUCCAUGAAGAUCUGCGACCAGUUCAAAGUUAUGUAACUUCAGAUGAGAUUGAAGACGAUGAUUUGGGAUUCUUUUUUACAAUUGACUUUGAUGAUAUGACUACGAUGGAUGUUGAAAUUGAUCCGCCUAGAACAAGCAAUUUACUUCCUUCACCACAACAGUCUACACGAAGAGAAAGUCAAGAGCUGCCACCAAACUACGAAGAUCCACCACCAUCUUAUGAUGAAGUUGUUCGAAAAGUUCCCUGA